AUGGCAGCGGCAGCUGGGACCGAGACCGUGAUGGAGGAGCUGGCCUGGAGCCCCGGGAUGGCCCCGCGCCCCCCGCCCGGACUGGAGGUCAAAUUGGGCUCCCUGGUGCUGCUGCUGCUGCUGCCCCUCGCCUGCGGCCUCGCCCCGCUCUGCUGCUUCCGACAGCCCCCGAGCUCCACCGACCCCCGUGGGCCAGUGCUCAGCCUGGUGAGCUGCUUCGCAGGCGGAGUGUUCCUGGGCACCUGCCUGCUCGACCUCCUGCCUGACUACCUGGCCAGCAUCAGUGCAGCGCUGGAGGGACUGCGCGUCACGCUGCAGUUCCCCUUGGCCGAGUUCAUCCUGGCCAUGGGCUUCUUCCUGGUGCUGGUGCUGGAGCAGGUGGCGCUGGCGCAGCAAGAGCCAUCGAUGCUGUCGGAGGAGACCCGAGCCCUGCUCCCCUCCUCUGGCUCCAUCCAGACCCCCCUGGCACAACCUGCUGCCGCCAGCAGUGCCCGGGGGGCCAUCCGGGCCGGGCUGCUGGUGCUGGCCUUGGCUCUCCACUCCGUGCUGGAGGGGCUGGCACUGGGGCUGCAGGAGGCUGAGGGAGCUGUGCUGAGGGUCUGCCUGGCCCUGCUGCUCCACAAAUGUGCUGUGGCUUUCAGCCUGGCCUUGAAGCUCCUGCGGGGCCGCCUGCGCCCCCCCGCUGUGGCCGCCUGCCUGCUGCUCUUCGCCAUGAUGUCCCCUCUGGGCGUGGGGCUGGGGACCGUGGUGGCUGCGGGUGCAGGGCCACGGCAGAGGCUGUGCCGCGGGGUGCUGGAGGGCUUGGCAGCUGGGACCUUCCUCUACAUCACUUUCUUGGAGAUUUUGCCCCAGGAGCUGGGGGUCCCCCAGGACCGUGUCCCCAAAGUCAUCCUGCUCCUCGCUGGCUUCGCCCUUGUCACUGCCAUCCUCUUCGUCAAGAUCUGAGAUGCUCCUCCCUCGGGGGGGGGUGGGGAGGAAAUCCUCCCUCUGCACCCCCCCAUUACUGUGCCAAAGUUGCCAAAGUGCCGCUCCAGGGGCUGUUCCCACCCACCCUGU